AGGGAACGAAGGGGUUGUCCAUGUUUUUCGCGAAGCUGAGAGAUGAAGAGGGAAGACUGAACAACAUGGAAGUGAUGAAACUGAAGAACAAAUUGGGAACGAAACAACUGCCGACGGCGGAGUUGCUGUUGGAUGGUCUGGACGCUAUUCUUGUUUCUGAACCAGGACAUGGAGUGGCCUCCAUCUCCCAAAUGCUCACGGUUACGCGUUUGCACUCGGCCAUCGGGGCUAUUUCGGCAGCAAGACGGCUGAUGCAGCUUUGCAGAGACUACAGCUGCCGCAGAAGCGCAUUCGGAACGAUGAUCAAGGAUUCGCCGCUGCAUAUGCUCAAUUUGUCCUCGUUAGAAAUCCAAAUACGGGCUGGGGAAUUAUUCUUGCUUGACGUUUCAAGGUAUUUGGGUGCAGACGAUGUCGGCCUCUUGCAAAAGGACGACUCUAUUCUUUUCCGGCUCCUGACUCCUGUACUGAAAGCAUUCUACGCCAAAACUAUGGUCAAUGUUUGUUGCGAACUGAUGGAAGCUUUCGGAGGUCAGGGGUACAUCGAAGACACUGGCAUUCCUUGCCUUGUCCGAGAUGCGCAGGUACAUUCUAUUUGGGAAGGGACGACAAAUGUUCUAUCACUUGACAUUCUCCGUGUACUGGCGAAGACGAAAGGAGAAGCCCUGCUUGUAUUUAACGAAAGAAUUAAGCGGAUGACGCUCGACGUGAAGAACGCUGUCGAGAAACGUGGACUUCGCGAUUGUAGCGAAGCGUUGUUGACCGCCACGACGUCUCUUCUUGAGACCGCCGCUUCAACGAGUUCGGACCAUAUAUCUACAGGAGCUCGAGAUUUUACCUUCAGCCUUGCUAAAAUAUAUUCCGGUUAG